AUUCUCAAUACGAGAUAAUUCACCUGCAGUAACAUGAAGAACAUAAUAAUAUUGACUUUUUUAAUUGUGUUGAUUGUGCAGGUUCAAUGUCAAGGUGGUGCUUGUGGUCCAAAUGCAGAAUUUGUUCAAUGCAAAUCUUGUUGUGAGGAAGCAACCUGUGAACGUAGAAAUCCACCAUCAUGUAAUAUUUGUCCUAUGGUGUGCAAUUCGGGUUGUGUUUGUAAACAAGGAUACAUCAGACAGAGAAAGGAUGGACCUUGCGUAAAAAAUUGUUGAAAACUUAAUAUAAAUAUCAAUUGUAGUUUAACUAAAAUGUGAAUUAAUUUAUUUUGACCGUGAUAAAUAAAGAAUCGGUUUUUU